AUGAAGAAACGUGCAGUCUACGACGAUGAAGUCACUGAAAAACUUGAGAUGAUGUUGGCACUAAUGACGGAUGUUCAAAAACUCAUUGAAUAUAGGUCACAAAUGCCGGUCGCAGAAACAGUUGCCAGCACUGAGAAAACCGACAUCGUCAACACUCCACAGGGGCCCCUUGAUAGAGUCACACAGGUGGCUGAACUGAAGGAGCAGUUAGGCCAAUUGCUAGCGCACCACAGGACAGCGGUUUUUAAUCAAAAUUACCUGGAUAAUCUGAAAACCCGCAGGCUCAAAUUAACAAAUAAGCUGAUGGCCAACACUCGACAGCUUUGUCUGAAAGAGGCUGAAGUUCAACAGGCCAGAAAAGCCGAAGCUCUUGCUAACUGGGAGUUAAUGUUCUUAAAAGCACAAUGCGGUGGGAUGCAUGGAAGGAAUUGGAAAGUGAGCAUAAGGGAAUUUAGGAGACGAAUCAAUUCCAGUCCGAAUCGUUAUCUGAAAGAGCUAGAAGAAUUGGUGGAAACAAAUGACGACCACAUAGUAGACACUGCUGCUCAAAAUCUAGCCAAACUUCAGCGGAAACUUGCCCAAGAAAAGAAUUCACUGAGUCUUGAGGAGAGAACAAGCUACCGGCAAGGGCACACUUCAAUGGAAUCAAAGGAUCAGGUCUACAAAAAAUCCCCUGUCCGUACGAUGGACUGUGCAACGAUGACGAUUACGGUACCCACAGUGACGGCGACAUCACAGACGGAAGCUGAGAAGGAAGAAUUCAGCACUACUGAUACCAACACUCAGUGCGGAGUUUUAUCUGAGUUACAACAACUGGUGAUACAUUUGGGGUAUCCAAUUAAUAAAACCAGUUCGGUUUCGUCGAUAAAGCCAAUCAUGAUGAACAAUGUACAAAACGAGCAAGAUUUAUCAAGUGACCUAGUGUUCAGGGUCUACCACGAAGGCGCAGAAUAUUCAAGUGACCCUUUGAAGAAGCAGUCUGAAGGGCACCUAAAGGAAACUCGAUUCCAGCCGACUUCGGCGCUUAUACAAGCCCAUCCAACAUCCAACACGCUCGAUCUUGAGAAACAAAUGCGGUACGUGGAGCUUUGUCUGCCGUUUGACAACACUCAGUUAAAACAAGAAGUGCGCAUUGAGAUUUGGGACAACGAAAGAAACACGCAGCUUGGUGUUACUUGCGUGAAUAUGGAGGCAUUGAUGGCAUAUCACAAGAACAUGUUCCCAAUCAACAUCGAUGGAACUCUGCCCAGUGCUUCAUCGUGGGUUCUUCCGAUAAUUACCACGUUGCGGCCAGGGAAAAAGAGCCAUAUCGCUGUUUCCACUUGUCUGUCCGCCGCAGUUCUGAUAGAUACAACGCUUUCCUUGGUUAAUAAGUCUUCCUCCAAGCUGUUCAAAGAUACGGAAGCGCAAACGUGCCAAUAUGCUAAUGAAUCGGACUUAGACGAAGAGAUGCAAGCAUCCUCAAGACGCGAAGAAAUUCCCGGAAACAUGCCAUUAGUCGUUUCUGAUGGACAAAGUGACGAAGAUGUCCAACACGAACCUCGCCACUUGGACAGUUCUGCUUCCAAUGGGAUAAAAGAACUCCGAUCUGCGGAUAGCGGCGGUCUAUCAGCACCCACACGUGACCAGUGCACCUACACCCAACUCAGCAGGCAAGCUGCUGUCGUCCUCGUCCAUGAAGAAUCGAGUGCACAUAACGUGAAGGACAGUGAAGUCACCUGGAGAUUUGUGAAACAAGAACAGAUUACAUAUCCGUCCAUGAAGGAUUCAAGCACUCAAACAAUGAGAGGAAAGUCCAAGCUUUCGUCAGCACAAACAGAAAACUUUUCCAAACGUUUGAAGAGAUCUCAAGAUACAGCCUUGGUACACAGGACCGAGUUAAUGACUAACCAACGUAGCCGGGAGGUAUUCAAGACAGAACGACAGUUGACGGCUCAUUACCGUUUGGACAACGUGAACUUUGAAGAUUACCAAAUUUCUGAUCUCUGUAUUCCUGCACUGUUUAUGCCAAUGGGAAAUGCGUCAGGCCGAUAUUACACUCCUCGGGCCCGUGAAUACUUCCAUCCCACAGGAGUGAACAUGCACCGAAUUACACAACCCCCAUCCGUAAUGAACUUGCCGCCAAUGAAGCCUUCAUUCAAAUCUCUGCUCGCUCUUUGCCAACUACGACGCGACAUAGUAGAAAUAUCUUCAUUGAGGUCAGAGCUGACCACCACUAAAUUAGCAGGAAGUUAAUGCCAAUUUCGUCAAUUUCAAGUCGAAACACUUCUGCUGUUGUUUAGGGUGCUGUACCUGUUCUAAGCAAAACAGGGAUUGAGUCAGAAUACCAUGUGUAACACACAAAAUAUACUCAUA